AUGGGUAGUAACAGAGCAGUGCUAUGGCAAGAGGCACGUCGUUCGGCUGUGUGCUGCCAUUCGUUGCCGUCACCGAGGUGGGCUGCCAGCUUCCAGCAGCAGGAAGACAAGUCCCGAUUAGGUAUCCACAAGUUCGUAGCAGACAUUGCUGUCAAGGAUGGUGUGAUUUCCGCAAUCGGGCAAGACCUCCCUGUUCAGGGAAGGCAGGAGUUUGAUGCCCGAGGAUUACUAGUCACGCCUGGAUGGGUCGAUGGUCACACGCACUACGAUGCGCAGUGGUCAUGGGAUCCCUAUCUCAGUCCCAGCUCUUCCUGUGGGGUUACGACCUGCAUCAUGGGCAAUUGUGGCAUUGGCUUCGCUCCAUGUCAAAAAGACCGGCGGAAGUUCCUUGCGCACCUUGUCGAGGCAGUCGAAGAUGUUCCGGAGCGGAUCAUAGCCGAAGGGCUUACCUACGACUUCGAGACCUUCGAAGAGUACAUGGACAGUCUCGAUCGCGCAUCUCUGGCUUGCGAUGUUGCUGUGCUCGUCGGACAUUCGGCCGUGCGCGCCUGGGUGAUGGGAGAUCGGGCAAACCUGUCCGAGAAGCCCGGAGGUGCAGCGGAGCAUCCGCUGAAGGAUCAUGAGAUCGAGGCCAUUGCUGCCCUCGUUCGCGAUGCUGUGGCUGUCGGCACUUUGAUGCCUGGCACGUUAUCUUGUGCAGACGAGCUGAAAGCUAUUGCCCAAGCUAUCGCAGACGGUGGUGGUGGCGUCUUUGAGAUGUCUUCAGAUUUCCUCUCAUACGACGAUGUUCCCCAUGAAAACAUGGAUCCUCAGAAGCUUCGCGCUUAUCAGCGGGGGGAGUUCGAGUGGCUCAUAGACAUCGCCCGUCGACAUGGGCGAGAUGUUCCUUUAACCUUCAACUGCUUCGCAAAUCAUCCGACCUUGUUCGUGAUUCAAUCCAUCAACGACGCUGGUGGCCUGGCUAGGGGCCAGUGCAUUGCCCGUGCACAAGGUCUCCUGCAAUCCUUCCACUCCAGGGCCCAUCCGUUCCACAUGAGCCGCACCUUCCAGGCCAUCCUGAAGCAUUGCCAGGAGGCGGGUCUGGAUUUGAUUGAUACACUCAAAAGAUCCGGAAAGCGAGAGAAGAUGAUCGCAGAAACGACAGCCUUCUUCACUUCUGAACAGCCCGGCCAGUACAAGUACUUGCAAGAUUUCUUCGGGGAUUUCGAAGAGCACUUUCCUUGGACAUCGCACUACGAGCCUGAGAAAGCCACAGACAGUGUUGUGGCGAUCGCUCGAAGGGAAGGCCGGGGCGUCGCCGAGGUGUUCUGGGACAUCAUGAUCAACGGCGGGGUGGUCUGGAAGCCCUUCCUGGGUUCAUAUGACUGGGGCGGUUACAAUAUGACUUGCACCAUGUUAAACCAUCCGCACAUCAUGCCCGGCUUCGCAGAUGCUGGGGCGCAUGGAACCAUGUUCCAGGAUGCUGCGAUCGCAUCCCACAUGCUUUGCUAUCUGGCCCGUGACCGUGUAAAAGGUCCCAAGAUGAGCCUGGAGCAUGUGGUCAAGCAGAACAGCCUGGAGGUUGCCAGUUUCUUCGGCCUCAAGGAUCGUGGAGCACUGCAAGUUGGCAUGAAAGCGGACAUUAACGUGAUCGACUUCGAGAGGCUGAGUAUGGGCAAACCAUACAUUGCCAAAGACAUGCCUCUGGGACAGGACCGCUGGCUGCAGGAUGUAGAGGGAUACUGCCUCACCUUGCUGUCUGGCCGACCGACCCUGAUGCAUGGUCGUCUCACCGGAGCCCUCCCCGGCCGACUCGUCCGGAACCCCCGGCGCAAGGCAGCAGCCUACCAAGGAUUCCUGGCUGCGCUUUUCAGUGGCUUAGGCAGGGCGAUCCGUUGA